AUGGAUUGUAACAGGGAGGAUGCGAAGAGGAUCAUGGAGCUUGCGGAGAUCAAGUUCAAGGCCAACGACGUCGAGGGAGCCAAGUGCAUUGCCCAAAAGGCCUGCGACAUGUUCGGCGACCUUCCGGACAUCCGCCGCGCCGUCGCAGCCUACGAGGUCCACCUCGCGGCCGCCCAGAAGAACUGGCACGCCGUCCUCCGCCUCCGCCCUGGCGAGGACGACCAGCAUAAGGUCCGCGAGCAGUUCCUCAAGAUGUCCAUCCUCACGCACCCCGACAAGAACUCCUCCUCGGCAUCCGACGGCGCAUUCAAGUUCGUCAUGGAGGCCUGGAGCCGGCUAUCCAUUAUGGCCGCCCGCAGCAAAAGCAGCAACAGCAACGCCAAAGAUGACGACAACAACAACAAUGCGGAAAGUGGCCGCAAAAGGCAACAAGAGGAAGAGGAUAGCAGCAAGAGCAACAAGAAGCGGCAUGAGGAAGAGGAGACCAACAAGAAGAAGCGGCAUGAGGAAGAGGAGACCAACAAGAGCAGCAAUACGGACGACGUUUGCCCGCAGUGCGUCGACGGCUGCUGCAAGUUCCUGGACAAGGAGCGGACCAUCAAAAGGUGCGAAACGUGCAAGCUGAUCGUUCUUAUGGCCAGGGAUUUGAACUUCAAGUUGAGGGUGGAAGGUCGCGGCACGGUCAAGUUGGCCUGGGAGAAGCUGAGGAUCGAAGUGCAGAGCGCAAACAAGGUGAACAUCCAGGGAGGAGGAUGCAUUGAAAUUACUCCCACCAAUUCUGAUGAAUAG